AUGAGAUUCGUGAAGAAGGGCAAGUUGAGCCCUCUGUAUAUUUGUCCUUUCGAGGUGCUGGAGAGAGUUGGUGAGGUGGCCUACAGAAUUGCUUUGCCACCCAUCUUAUCGAGAAUGCAUCCGGUGUUUCAUGUUUUCAUGCUUCGAAAGUACUAUGAGGAUCUGUCACAUGUGUUGGAUUUCAGUUCGGUACAAUUAGAAAAGGGUUUGACUUACGAUGAGGUGCCGAUGGCCGUUUUGGAUAGGCAGGAUGGGAAGCUGAGGUCGAAGAAUAUUGCAUCAGUGAAGGUUAAGUGGAGAGGACAUGUUCUUCUGGAGCAACUGGGUAGGCACCAAUACCCCAGGCCAGGGUUGCGAGAGGCCGAGGCUGAGGUAGAGCCUGAGGGGCCAUAG